UUGUUGCGCAUGCGCAGCUCACUUUGCCUCUGUGUUUUGGAGCAGGAGGGCAGGCAGGGUGAAAGCCGGUGGUCUAGCUGUGUCUGGGGUACCCCCGUACGGUCUGUGAAGAGGCUCUGCAUUCCAGAAGCAAGCAGACUCUUCACCAUGCAAGCAUCUCAGCGGGCAUGCAUUACUUUCUCGGACGUUGCCGCCUCGUUCUCGGAGGAGGAAUGGGAAGUCUUGGAGCAGUGGCAGAGGGAUCUGUACUCUAAUGUGAUGCAGGAGAUCCAUACAAUCCUGCUAGAUCUAGGCUAUCACAUUAAGAAUUCGAAAAUUCUUUUCAGAAUAGUGAGGGAGGAUGACCCCAGCAGCCGUGUUCAUCGGGAAUGUGGGACCCUUGUGGAAGGAGUGGCUCCUGACAUCCUGUUGCAGAUUAAUUACCAAGGGAAGGCUGUGAAUACCAGUGAGCUUGAUGACUCCGAUGAAGGUUCGAUAGAGCGAGUUUACCAGAAGAUUAAAGUGGAGGAUGAACUGGAUGACGACUUGAUGUGUGAUUCCCAGACUCGAGAACCCAGCCCAGUUUGUGAAGUAGCGCAGUUGCCACAGGAUCUGGAAGUGAAGCCUGAGCUGAAUGUGAUCGUAUCGGAGCCAGAUGAUGUCAUUAACCCCCGAACGCCAGCCGAGGAGAUGUCCGCAUGGAAGCCUAUUAAAGUCCGGGUGGAAUCUAGAAGCCCCAGCAGUGGCGAUACACCAGAGCCAACCCGUAGAGACAGAACAAGGAGACGCAAAGGCAUUGCUCGAAAAAUGAAACCCGUGGCUGCUCUUCAUGACUCUGACCAAAACAAGCAAACAGAACCGAAGGCGAAUGAGAUACCCAGAGUCCCUUGCUUGUUCUCACAGUGUGAAUCCAGCUUCACCGACCUCAAAAUGACUUACCCUCCUGCCGAUGUAUCGGGGGACUAUUCAUACACAGCUUUUGCAAAGGGUUUUGUUGAGGAGUCUCCUAUCAGUUUCCAGCAAAGAGGACAGACAUUCAUUAUUUGCAGCGUUUGUGGAAAAACCUUCUGUAAUAACUCCAGUUUCCAGGUUCACAUGAGGACACACACCGGGGAACGACCGUACAAGUGCACAGACUGUGAAAAGAGUUUCAUCCGCAGCUCCCACCUAAAGAUCCACUUAAGGACACACACAGGAGAACGACCCUACAAGUGCUCAGAGUGUGAGAAGAGCUUCCGAGACAAUUCAAGCUUUGCCCGUCACCAACGGAUUCACACAGGUGAAAAGCCAUACCAGUGUGGGACUUGCAGUAAAUAUUUCCGGAAAAAGUCUAAUCUAAAGGACCAUCAGAGGACACACACGGGGGAGAGACCCUACAAGUGCGAACACUGUGAUAAAAGCUUCCACCAGAAGUCUAACCUAAGGGUCCAUGAAAAGAACCACCAUGGGGAGGACUAUUGACAACCUUGCUACAUUACCUUGUAGCACUUCCUGCAGAAUGUAGUAGAAUCACUAGGAGAUGCCCCACGUUUUGAAUAUAUGUGUGUUAUUCAGUUGGGAUAUCAAACUGAGAAGCCGUGCACGCCAUGCUGGGAUUACCCACCAGCAAUACAUGUGAUCUGUCUAAGCCAAGCUUUGUCUCCAACUGAACUAUAGAAUCUUUCACCCGUUUCCAAAUUUAGGUUAAUAUUGUACCUGUCUAGGUCACAUAAAAUGAAGUUACUAUAUAUUGAGCUGUGUUGUAUUGAAGGCAGUCGGUGUAUAUUGAGCCAAACUCCUGUAAAAGGAGUCCGUGUAUAUUAAGCCAGGUGCCGGUAAAGGCAGUCGGUGUAUAUUAAGCCAGGUGCAGGUAAA